AUGAGUGAACACAAACGGCAUGAGCAACAUAAAAUUGAGGAUAUAGGUGAUGUGGCUUGUGAUUUCAGCAAUCUUCCUGAUUGUAUUCUUCAUCAUAUUAUGUCGUUUAUGAAUACAACAGAAGCUGUAAAGACUUCUAUAUUAUCUACAAGAUGGAAGAACCUCUGGACUUUUUCUCCCAACAUUGAUUUUGACGAUAAAUUGUGUGCUACUCCUAGAUGGAGGAACACUGGCCUGACUUCCUUUGUGAACUUUGUAGAAAAAGUUCUCCAGAACGUACUAAAGAUAAAGAAGUUUUGUCUGUCAUUUCGUGUUUUCAAUAACACAUCUCAAAUACAUUCAUGGAUUUCUCAUGCAAUCAUGCAAAAUGUUCAGGAGCUUGAUCUAUCUUUCUAUGCAAUUUAUCCAUAUGUGAUUCCUCAGGCUAUGUUUUAUAGCACAUCAUUGGUCACCUUGAAAAUAAAAAUGAUGUCUAUGAAUACAGAACACGCAUCUCAUGUUUCUUUUCCAUGUUUGAAAACCUUACACCUAUCUGUUGAGUUCCCAAAUGAUGAUUUUACUGAAAAGAUUUUCUCUGGUUGUUCGGUUCUUGAAGAAUUGGUCUUAUUUCAAUGCUGCUUUAUGAAUUUGAAGAACGUUACAAUUUCUAAUUCCACUUUAAAGAGAUUGAAAAUACAUGACCAAGUGUUAUGUGAUGAAACUAUAGAGACUCUUUUAUUUGGAGAUAAUAUCCGUUUUCUGGUGUUCCGAAAUUUGAACAAUUUAGAGCUAAGUAUGGAAAUUGGGAUAAAGCAUAUGGUUUUGCUUUCCUUCUGUCCAGUUCUACAAUCUAUUUGUUUCUUAGAGGGAUUCAUGCACGACAAGCACAUUGGGGUGAACAAUUCAAUUUGGUCUUCGAUACCUAAAUGCAUCUCGAAUUGCCUCAAGACAAUGACCUUGAAGAAGUUUCAUGAUGUACGAAUUGUUUUGGGUUUGGGUGCGGGUACGGGUGUAAGGAAGGUGUGGCUAUGGGGUGGGAUGUGUGGGUAUAGUUAUAGGUGUGGUAUCGUGGUGUGGGAUACGGGUAAGGGUGGGCGGGUAUCGGUUUUAGGGUUUGGGUAUGGUGGUCAAGCUGAGGCGAAGUUGUAUGUAGCUAUGGGGAUUGGUGUAGUGGUUGAUGGGGUUAGGGUGGGCAUUCGGUGUGUAGGUAUAAGGUGGAGUGGGGUGUGCCUCGACAUCGAGAUGGGCUAG